AUGGCUGUCUAUGACCCAAAUACGGCGAAAGUGGCCAUUGUCACCGGUGCUGCAACUAGCAUCGGUGCCCUGGCGGUACGCAACUUGGUGAAAAGGCGCUGGCACGUCGCCAUCCUCGACAUCCUCGAAGAACAGGGCAACAAACUAUCGGCAGAACUCGUGCCUUCCACCAUCUUCAUCAAGUGCGAUGUUUCGAGCUACCAACAGCUGGAUGCGUUUAUUCCGAAUGCCGGUAUCGUGGAGAGAUCGUCCUAUUAUAUUUUCCGACAUCGAGGCAGCACUGAGGUGCCACCGGAGCCAAACACCCUAGGAGUUGAUGUGACGUUCAAGGCGGUAAUGUAUGGGGUGCAGCUGGCUAUACACUUCAUGAGGCAGAAUGCCACCCCCGGAGGCCAAAUCGUCACGGUGGCCAGUAUACUAGGGCUAUAUACUACGAGCAUAUAUCCAGAGUAUAGUGGCACUAAGGCUGCAGUCAUUGGCUUUUCUCUGGCCAUUGCCCCUAUCCUGCAGAAAGUAAAGUCUCCUGCCGCCACGCGAUGGUGUUAUGAUGCCGACAGCCUUGUAUAG